AUGGCAUCGGCGGCGGCUGCAUCCUCCUCGUCAGCCUACUCAAACUCGCCAUGCGCGGCGUGCAAGUUCCUCCGCCGAAAGUGCCUGCCGGACUGCAUCUUCGCGCCUUACUUUCCGCCGGAAGAGCCGCAGAAGUUCGCGAACGUGCACAAGAUCUUCGGGGCCAGCAACGUGAGCAAGCUGCUCAACGAGGUUCUCCCGCACCAGCGGGAGGACGCCGUCAACUCGCUGGCGUACGAGGCCGAGGCCCGGCUCAAGGACCCCGUCUACGGCUGCGUGGGGGCCAUCUCCGUGCUGCAGCGCCAGGUCAUCCGCCUCCAGAAGGAGCUCGACGCCACCAACGCCCACCUCAUCCGCUUCGCCUACACUACUAGUAACAACAACCACAACAACAGCAAUAGUAGUACUGAUGAUUCGAUGAUGAAUGGCGGUGGUUAUUCUUCGGGCGGGGGUUAUUAUGGUAAUUACAAUGGUGGGGGUAAUUACAGUUCGUGGAGUGGUGGCAUGAAUUAA